ACGCGACUCUGCUUAUAACGAAAUUGAGAGGCCAAAAAUCGCACCUUUAAAUUCUGACGAUUUUACUUGGUAUAACUUAUAAAUAAAUCUCUCGCAGGACAUUCGCCGAGCAGUUGGAACGCAAAUGGCUAUGGCGUCUGCCGGUACUGUCUUCUUCCCUCCUCUACUGACUGAUCCUUCCUCUCCUGUUGCAGAUCCUCAAAAUCUUCAAUUCCAGCAUAUUACCAACGGCAAGUUCGAGCCUCUGAAGUGGUGCACAAGUCUCCCCGAAAUCAGACAAGUGCAGGGCCAGUGCACAAAACAUGGCCUCAUGGAAGACCCUAGAAUUCUGGCUAAAUUCGUUGUGAAGUAUUCGGGAAUGUGCUCUCAUGAAAGCAUGGAAUCCGCACGCAAAGCGUUCGAAAUAUAUAAGCACAGGAGAGACGAUUUCUGCAGUACAGCUUAUCUGUAUAAUUCCUUAAUUAGAGGAAGCUCUUCGGCCGGGGCGUUUGCAGAGGCGAUUUUGGUUUACAUAGAUAUGUUAAUGGAGGGUGUUGCGCCUGACAAUUAUACUUUCCCCUUUGUGCUGAGUGCUUGCGCCAAAGGCCUGAUGCAUUUCGAAGGCGAACAGAUUCACGGUACGCUUUUGAAAUUAGGUUUUCGUAAUGAUGUUUUCGUGAUGAAUUCAUUGGUGUAUUUUUACGGGGAGUUUGGGGAAAUUGAUUUGGCACGGAAGGUGUUCGACGAAAUGCCUCUGAGAAAUGUUGUGUCGUGGACGAGUUUAAUUUGUGGGUAUGCGAGAAGGGAUCGACAUAAGGAGGCUGUUUCUUUGUUUUCUGAAAUGGUGGACGAGGGAAUCGAACCGAAUGAAGUUACAUUAGUGAGUGUGAUUUCAUCUUGUGCGAAAUUGGGGGAUUUGGAUUUAGGACAGAGAGUUUUGGAUCGUGUUGGACAUGGAGAAUCAUCGAGCAUCAAUGGCUUUGUAGUGAAUGCACUUGUCGAUAUGUAUAUGAAAUGCGGCGCCGAGGCGAUAGCGAGGCGAAUUUUCGAUCGUUGUUUGGUUAAGAAUUUGGUUCAUUACAAUACGAUCUUGUCGAAUUAUGUUAAGUUGGGGAAGGUGAAGGAAGCCGGCGAUGUACUCCGGGAAAUGCUUGGACUGGGGUUGAAGCCGGAUAGAGUUACGGUGCUGUCGAUUGUCGCAUUGUCGGCCGAGACGGGCGAUGUUUGUUUCGGGAUGCAGUCUCAUGGUUAUGUUGUGAGGAACGGGCUCGAGAGUUGGGAAAGUAUCGGGAAUUCUUUAAUCGAUAUGUACUCGAAGUGUGGGCAUCAAUUGUGGGCUUGUCGAGUCUUCGAUCGAAUGGCAAACAAGUCUGUCGUGUCGUGGAAUUCUCUGCUUACAGGUUUUUCCGGGAACGGCGACGUGGAGUCGGCGCGGCGACUGUUUUAUCGAAUGCCGGAGAGGGACAUUGUUACAUGGAAUGCGAUGAUCGGCGCUUUUGUUCAUCACGGUUUCUUUAGUGAUGCGGUCGAGCUAUUCCGUUCGAUGCAGAGCGAGGGGAUCGUCGCGGACGAAGCGACAAUGGUGAGCAUCGCCGCGGCGUGUGGGUAUUUAGGCGCGUUGAAUUUGGCAACGUGGAUACAUAACUACAUCAAGAAGUACGGUAUUCGUCGCAAUGUCCGUCUUGACACGGCUCUUGUCGAUAUGUUUGCUCGAUGCGGGGCUCCUAAAAGCGCGAUGGAGGUAUUUCGUAGUAUGACAGAGAGGGACGUCUCGGCAUGGACGGCUGCUAUUCGAGCUACGGCCGUCGACGGGAACGGCGAGCAUGCGGCGGAUUUGUUCGAUGAAAUGGUGAGGGAAGGAACCCGGCCGGACGAGGUUGCGUUCUCGGCUGCGUUGACGGCGUGUAGCGAUGCCGGUUUAGUCGAGCGAGGGAUGAAUAUAUUCGACGCGAUGCAAGAACACGGGAUUACUCCGCAUAUUGUCCAUUACGGGUGCGCGCUCGAUCUUUUGGGCCGGGCCGGGUUGCUCGAGGAAGCUCUUGAUUUUAUUAGCGCGAUGCCGAUGGAGCCGAACGGCGCUAUUUGGGCAGCGUUUUUUUCGGCGUGUAGAGCUCACAAAAACGAGGAAAUCGCGGCCCGUGCUGCUGCCAUGGCUAUAGAUACAUCGGCUAACAUCGGGACGGGAAUCCUUAUCAAACAUAUGCGCGCCCCUUCCGCGCGCAAAUGAGACAACGUUGGAUGCGACGUCGUUCACAGUAUAUAUGUAAUUAAUGAUGCGUUUUUCUAUAAGUUUGAAUUUUUAGGUAAGAUGAUUAUUUAACAGUGGACAAGAUCGCUUCAAGGGACUAGACGAGUUUCAUCCACAUCGGCGUUCAUUUAUCAAACAUUCACACAUGUGUAUCUAGGGAUCGAAUUUAGGAUCUAGCUCUAAAUAGAAAUAUCUCACCAUUUGAUCUACAAAGAUUUCACAGGAGAUUACAAUGUCCUUAGAUUGAUGUUCUUUCGUUAGAAAUUUCCCGAUCGUCGGCCGGAAUAACAAUUAGGUUCGUUUUU